AUGAGAAAUAUUGUACUAACAAAUUCAGGUAUUGCAGUAGGUGCUAACAAGGGACACAAGGUCACCCCAAAGGCCGUUGCUCCACAAAAGAGAGUCGCUAUCAGCCAAAGAACUGACUUUGUUAGAAAGUUGGUCCGUGAGGUCACUGGUCUGUCUCCAUACGAAAGAAGAAUCAUUGAGUUGAUCAGAAACUCUGGUGAGAAGAGAGCCAGAAAGUUCGCCAAGAAGAGAUUGGGUACUCACACCAGAGCUAAGGCUAAGUUGGAAGAGAUGCAAAACGUUAUCCAGGAAGCAAAGCGUCAUUAA